AUGUCCCACGAUGAGGUCAAUGUGCCCAGAUUGGCGAAACUUUACACCAAAGACGAAAUUAGCGAUCGUUUUGUGCUGAUUUUGGAGGGCCGUGUACAAGUCACCAUUGGACAAAGUGGAAUGAUGUUUGAGGCCGGUCCAUGGCAUUGUUUUGGUGGUGAAAUCUUAAAGAAACUAGUUCAAGGAGCCGCAACUUUAAGCAGAAGUACCUCAAUCAUUGAUACUACUGAUCUAUCUUGUCGUCGUCCUGAUCUCAUGUUUAAGCCUGAUUAUUCUGUUGUUGUUAAAGAGGACUGUACAUAUUUAGAUGUAAAUGUUGCAGCUUAUAUCAAUGCAUUUAAGUCCACGCUUAUGCAGAGGGAAAGAGGAAGAGAUGACAUGUCUACUGAUGGUGUUCCCUUCUCCUCACGUUCUCCCUCACCUACAAGACGGAAAAAUCCGAACUCAGCUAGGAAAGAGUCGGCUCCAAUCCUCGAUCCGUCGGCGUUGCUUGUGCCUGCUAAGGUACAGUCGUCACUGAUCGAGGCGAAGGAUGCCGUUAAGGCGUUGAACGCCAAAGAGAACGGCAUCCCUCUUGAGAAUGAGGUUGGUACUUUUAUACAUUAUGAGUUUUAUAAAAUAUGUUUUUUUUCAUAUAUUCUUAUUGAACGUUUAUCACCCUUAAUACUUUUCAGCCUUUAUUACACCAUAUUUUAUGUUUAGGA